AUGUCGAUCACACCCAAGAAACAGAAGAAAAAAUCUGGAAAGGGAUUACCUCAUGCAAUGACAUUGAACGACAACGCGAUCAAUUACGAGCACUGGGAUGAUCCCAACGAGCUGGUGGAUCGUCUACGAUUGCUCGACGCUUCCCACCGAGCUGAUGUCGUUGAAAUGCGCCCGUACUCGGGUGUCAACAGAGGCCACCAUUACAUAUUCACCGUCAUCGAUGUGUUGAGCAAAUACGCGUGGGCCGUACCACUCAAGAGCAAGGGUGGAAGCGAGACGGCUAACGCUAUCGGUGAGAUCGUUCGAGAGAGUAGAUGUCCGAAAAAUUUACAAACGGAUAUGGGGCAAGAGUUUUACAACGCCGACGUGCAGAAAAUCUUGAAAAAGCACUAUGUUAAUCACUAUUCCACGUAUUCGACGUUGAAAGCGUCAAUGGUCGAGCAGUUCCAUCGCACGCUCAAGAACGACAUGUGGAAGAUGUUUACGCUCAACGGCAAUGACAAGUGGGUCGACGAUUUGCCGCGUCUCCUGUCAGAUUACAACGCGCGCAAGCAUCGCACCAUCGGCAUGCGACCCGCCGAAGUACUCCCGCGAUCGCCGAACGACUAUUGGACACGCGAUAAAGAUCGCGGGUCCUGCAAAAUUCAAAGUUACACGCCAAAUUGGACCACCGAGGUGUUUACGAUCAUUAAGGUGCAGCGUACCAAUCCUGUAACCUAUUUACUCGAGGAUUAUCGCGGAAAAUCCAUCGCUGGAGCGUUCUCCGAGCACGAGUUGCAUCGCGCUACUCAUCCGGACGUGUAUCUCGUGGAGAAAGUACUGCACAGGAAGGGAGACAAGGUGUACGUCAAGUGGCUGGGAUUCGAUGGAUCGCACAAUUCAUGGAUACACAAAAACAAUGUUAUUUGA